GUGCCUUUUUAGUUUGCAGGGCUUCAUGCUGUCAUUUGCCAGCACCUCGGCACACACGACACACUGAGGUCUCAGAUCAACCGUGACUGUAAACCCAAACUGCAGAUCAAAGGAGAUGAGUGAGGACGUGUUUGAGGUCCCAGAGGGGGCAGAGUACCGCUACCUGGUUCAGGAUGAGAGUGAAGUGGAGGUUCAGUAUGUCCGUCCCAGACAAAGACACUACAUCAGCCCCUUCCUGGUCCUGUCCCGACGCUGCAUCUUCCUUAUUGGUGCAGGGGUCGUCUCUCUGCUCACUUUGGCCGGAUACCUAGCCUACAUUGCCCAGACACUGCCUCCUGGUGCAGUAGAGGUUACUACUAGUUGUGGAGUACUUAAAGGAAGGCAGGUGAGUCCUAUUAGGAAUGGGGCAUACUCCUUUAAGGGCAUUCCCUAUGCUGCCCCUCCUGUGGGCGAGCAACGCUGGGCACCACCGGCCGAACCGCCUUGCUGGCACGGGGUGGCUGACGCUACCCGUUUCCGCAGCAUGUGCCCCCAGGUGCGACCCCUCACUGUCACGGGCCGGGUCAUGGGCCAAGAGGACUGCCUGUACCUCAAUGUGUGGACCCCCACCCUGAAACCUGAGGCUGGGUUACCCGUUAUGGUGUGGAUCCAUGGGGGCUACCUCCACAUGCUGAGUGGAGGAGAGCCCGGGUACUCCCCUACAGAGGAACUGGCAGCCAGGACUGAGGUGGUGUACGUCAGCUUCAACUACAGACUAAACGCCCUGGGCUUCUUGGCUUUGGAGUUGCUUAGAGAAGGCUCGCCUACCAACACUUCUGGAAACUAUGGCUUCAUGGACCAGAUAGCAGCGCUGGAGUGGGUCCAGAGGAACAUCCAUGUGUUUGGUGGUGACCCGAAUAAGGUCACAAUAUUUGGGCAGUCCUCAGGUGGGACAUCUGUGUGGACCCUGAUGAUGUCACCUCUGGCAAAGGGUCUUUUCCACAGGGCGGUGGAUAUGAGUGGCUCCUACGUGUAUAACGCAUCACUUGAGAGGGCGGAGUCAGACAAUCUGGUUUUCCUAAAGAGAGUGGACUGCAACGACCUAGCUUGUCUCCGAAAACUGUCCAUUAGUCAAAUACUACGGGCUAUCCCAUGGCUGGAGUACCCGUCAUGGGCGGCUGAUGACCUACUAGACCUGCCAACAAUAGGGCGCUUUGUGGGGCCUGUGGCGGUGGUGGAUGGUCACGUUCUCCACGCCCCUCCCUUUGAGACGUGGGAAAAAGGAGGUGACUACAAUGACGUUCCCUUCCUCAUAGGGACCACGGAGCAGGAGACAGACAUCAGCCCGCCCUUUAAGAACAUCUCCAUGUGGACAUGGGGAGACUACCAGUGGGUUGUGACAGAGAAGCUGAUGCCGUUUGGCCUGGGUCUUGUCCAGGACGCGCUAAACCUGUACCCCCCGUCGGCCCCGUGUACCACCACUGACCGCUGUCCUGAGAGAGCUUAUACCACCAUGGUGUCGGACAUGAGGGUCAACUGUCCGAACAACAACCUGGCCAUAAGGGCCGCAGCUGCCCUGAAAAGUCCAGUGUACCGUUAUAUGGUGACACACAUUCCCUCGCAAGCACUCAACAUCUCCACUGACCUCUUCACGUUCCCCAGUCGCUUCUCCUUCCAUGCUCUAGACUGCCUGGCACUGUUUGGAGGUUUGGAGCGGGCAAUGGGGGGGCAUCUCUCCCUCAAGGACAGAGCCUUCCAGGACCUCAUCACACAGCACCUGGUGCGAUUUGCUAAAGAGGGUAAAAUGGAAGCGAUGUGGCCAGAGUACCCAUCAGGCACUGCUCUCCUGUCUGAUAAGCUGACUGUGAUCCAGAAUUACUCUGAUCAUCGCUGCCAGCUAUGGGAGAAAAAUGGUUUUUAUAACUAUGCCUGGAUCAACUGACCUGCUUCUGACCAUUCCUGUUCACUUGUGUCAACUGACUAUGUUUUCUAACAUACGGGCUAUGAGUUUCACCCCUACACCCAGAUCAGCUGAUUUUCUAUUUUCUGACUGGGUUUGUGGUCAAACCUAAGUCCAAUUCGUCAACUAAUGAUCCCUUCACGUUACCUAGUCUGUUAUUCUAUUUUCAUUUUCUCUGGGUAUUUUAUGCUUUUUUGAUAGAAAGUGCCAAAGAUAGUGUGAUACAAUUGCAUUGUUAUGGAGCUGAACCCAUACUGCAACAGUGUUUGUGCACUGUAGGCAGUUGUUUAGUCUUCUGGCCCACCAAAGACCACAUAUCAAGGCUUAGUUUAACAGAUUCUCCAGACCCUACUCUCCUCACUAAACAAAGACUCAGCUUUCCCCUACAGUAUAUACUGAAUCUUUUAAGACUCAACUGAAAAUAGACCAUUAUUGAACGGAUUGAGCCUACCUGGAACGCUGAAGAUGACAAAUGCGGACAGUGGCUGAAUUCUGAUUUUGUCUGUGUGCACAGAAAAAGUCAACUUCACUCAAAAAAUUCACUCCCCCAAAUCAAUGUGUUUUUUGGGGUGGGGGGAGGGUGCUUUGCCAUUCAUCCUCGCUGACUUCUUUUUGUACAUGUGAACUGUACUGUAUGACUGACAAGGUGACUUCUUUCUUUUCAAGGCGGUUAGUGUGCAAACACACAUAUUUAGACAAAAACUAUUAUUACAACUAUUAUUACAAGUUGUGGUGGAAUGUCGUUCCUUGCAUGUAGUAAACCUGACGAUGAGGUGUUAACUAAUGGUGUUCAGUAAGAUACAAUGUCUGCUGUAUCCUAGUCUAUAAAGCAACUGAGCAAAUGAAGGGAACUCAUCCAAAUUGAAACAUGCAAUUACUAUAGGCAAAAUGGUGAAUGGAUCGUAUGACAGACUAUAAGGAAAUUAUGCAUAUAAGCAUUAAUUCGUCUGCUGUGAUUGCUCUUUGUAAUCAUGAGGCUUUAUGUAAGGUUGGAGUAUGAUCCUUGAAUGUAUAAAGAGGAAAAUAUGUUGAAAAGUGAAAAGAAUAGUAAUUUUACUGCUUGUUUUUUGUUUAUAGGGUGCAUAGUGUAUAUAAGUGAUGUAUACUGUGAGAAAAUACAUUGCCAAAUUUUAUAUCAACCUUAUGUUUGCACUUAAGUGUAAUACUUUUAUUUACUUGGGGCGUGUGAGGGAAUCACACUCUUUUGUCAAGGUGUGUGUGUGUGUACAUAUAACUCAAAAUGUGUUAGUGUGUUUGUGGUUCUAUAUGUCUUUCUCUUUCCAUAAUUUGACUUGUGCCUCUGUGGCUAAGUUAACAUAGAUAAACCAAUUAAGAUAUUUGCCAGCUAUAGCUAUCUGAUGUUUUUCCUCAAAAUAAAUAUAAUCAGGUACCACUUUUUUUGUUCCUUUUCAGAUUAGUUAGGUGUCAGAUAUGACAUAUUAUUAGGGAAACGGCAGAAUGGGGCAGUCUGUGUCAACACAGCAUAUGGGGUAUAGCCUGAAACAGAUCAAAACAAGGUGACUACACAACUAUGCUUUAAUUCAAAUUCAGUCAAUUUUCAUCGUUCAUACUGACCUUUUCCUCUUCAAGUCUGUUAAAGUGUGCAAACACACACUUUCAGACAAUACCUACCCUCUGAAACCUUCCUCACUCUUUAGCUCUGACCGUUGUCUUCUGUGUCUAAUGAGAUGGAUGAAAGUUGGCAGAUAGUAAAGGAAACAAGAAAGUGUUUGUUUUGUAAUACACUUUGAGCUGUCUUCUUGAUCUAUAUGUUAUUUGUUAAAACAGACAACUUUUCUACUUCUUAGUUAUUUGUUAUCUGUCAUUCAUCAGUUAUGUAUUACCGUUGCACCACAAUUUGUUACAUGAUAAUCACAUUAUGUUUGAGUCUGUACUCAGGAAUAUUAAGUCAUGCCAUAUGGUGUAUUUCAAUCAAUUAUGUUAUUAAACACAUAGAAUGGA